AAAUGCACUUAAUACCUUUUAGUCUUAACUACAAAUAUAUGAGUCUGGACAGACAUGGAGGUAAACUGCAACUUGACUGUUUGGUGGAGGCAGACAACCAUGAGGCGCUAUUUUUAGUUUCUCUCUUCAUCAGGCAGGUUGAGUUUUCAGGAGUGUUUGUCUGUGAUGUUACUGAUGACAGAUCUCUGGAGUCUGGCGGGAGUUUCGUCUCGUCAUCGCAUCAGUAAUUCCUUAACUGACGCUGAUAACAUCAACAAACCAAAUGGGCUACAAGUGAUGUCAGAAGUAAAAGCUUAGUGGAGUUUAACAUCUCAUUUCAUCAGGACGCCCAUUAAUGACAAAACCAUCAAGCAAAUACAGAAACUAAAAGGACAGAAUGCACGGUGUUGUGAUGAACGCCUAAGACAGCCUGAAACACACACGCAGCCACACCAUGAGUACGUCUGCAGUGCGCUCAGCCUCCCCACCUGAAGAGGAGCCGACCACGCCCCCUCCCAUGACCACGCCUCCUCGCAAAGCCUCGGUCCGCCUUCAGGAGAGGCGGGGCUCCAACCUGUCGCUGCUAUUGGACGUGAGCAGCCUGGGGGCGGAGCCCGUCUGCUCUGUGUCCACCCCUAAGGAGGUGUGGCUUCAGUUGCUGCAUACCUCCUCUCGACCUCUCACACACACACUCCUGCGGCAGGCUGCCAUGGACACAAACACACUGAAUGUAGAGUACCAGAAAAUCCCUCCGAACUUUGUGAGCGCUGCAGAGCUUGAUGUUCCGGGACACAUGAUCAAGGACAGAUACAAAACCAUCCUGCCCAACCCUGAGAGCCGGGUGAUCCUGAGGAGCCCAGAGGAAGAGGUGGGACCAGACCGCUACAUCAACGCCAACUACAUUCGGGGUUACAGAGGAGCUUCGAGGGCUUAUAUCGCCACCCAGGGGCCGAUGCUGCACACUGUGGGCGACUUCUGGGACAUGGUGUGGCAGGAGAGGAGCAGCAUCAUCGUCAUGGUUACAAGACUGAAGGAGAACAAUGAGAAAUGUGAGCUGUACUGGCCACAGCCGAGGGAGGGGAGGAGGAUGGUAAAGGAGGAGGAGGAGGAAGAGGAGGAACAGAGGGAGGAAGAGGAGGAGGAAGGAGAGACAGGUCGAUUCGGCAGAUUCCUCCUCAGAGUCAGAGACAGUCGAGAGAAAGACGGGUUCACUGUCACUGACAUUGAGAUUCAGCUGUGUUCAGAGCGUCGUCGCGUCAGACACUACUGGUUCACCUCUUGGCCUGACCACCACAUCCCACAAUGCACCGCUCCUCUGCUGAGACUGGUGGAGGAGGUGGAGAUGUAUAGCAAGUCCCGCCUACCACCCAGCUCUCAGCCAAUCACAACCCCCAUGCCUGGUUCCGGACCAAUCAUCGUCCACUGCAGUGCAGGUAUAGGGAGGACAGGUUGUUUUAUAGCCAGCAGUAUCGGCUCUCAGCAGCUCAGAGAAACUGGUCAGGUCGACAUCUUGGAGACAGUUUGUCAGCUUCGACUCGAUAGGGGUGGUAUGAUCCAAACCACGGAGCAGUACCAGUUCCUGUACACCACUCUGGCCCAGUACAGCUCCCAGCUACAACACAACCAGGGUCAGAACCAGAACCAGCCUAUCACACAGAACCAGCAGAGCCAAGACGACCAAGUCAAUAUACAACUACAGAACCUACAACUGGACAGCACAAAGAAUGGGAGUAACUGAUGUGGUGCAGUACCUCGAGAACCAGCAGCGUCUGCUUGGCCAGGUUCACACCUAAAGGAACCUAGAAGAACUUAAAACCAGCCAAACGCACAGCAGAUGUUACUAACAAAACCAGGAAGGCAGAAACAAUAGAAACUAUAGGCAAAAGGAGACCAGCAGCAAAACCCAAAGAACUGAUGCUGUAACAGAACUUUAAUCCUGGACUGAGAACCCUAGUGAACCAGAACUGAACCAAGAAGCUUGAACCAAGAGAACCAAGUAGAAGAAAACACAUGAAACAAUAAUAAUAUCUGAUAAAUCAAGUAAAAUAAAGCAAAGUUAUCUAUC